UUGUUCCAGCAGGAGAGCCUCGUCGUGCAGUUGCGCGCGCGGCGAGAUGGCGCUACGCGAUUGGUCGGUUGGGCAGUAGCAUGGCAGCUUCCGCCCUGUACGGUGUUUUUAAAGGUUGGGUGAGCGUACACCGUCGAUAGAUUGACACUCCGCGGUUCCUCCGUCGCGAAGAAUCGUGUGCAACUGACCGACCGACCCACCCGCCGGACGACUGACUGAACGACCGACCGCGAACAGAGUGCCUGCCCUGUCGUGGCGAGUGCGACGAGAGAGUGUUGCCUGUGAGAGUGCCGUCAGCCGUAGAGACCAGCCGAGAUCAGCCGACCACCCUAUCUCUCUCUCUCACCGUUCCCGUUUCUACACCUCUCCCUCCCCCCUCUCCCCCUCCUUCUGCAGCCCUGAAAAGGUCGACCAUCAUCCGUGACGGAAAGGCUCGAGGUAAACUUCCUCCUGGGAAUGUUGAGGGACUCGCUUGUCGUUCGAGCGUCCUGCCAAGAGGGUUCCGGGUAUUUAAAACGUGCGAAUACUGAACGCCUCCAUGAAAUUUUUAACCAGUACGCCACACAGGAGAAGAAUGGCGAAAGGUUCAUGACCGCAUCUGACUUCGUACGCAGUUAUCUUGGCCUUUAUACGGAUGUCGAUUACAAUCCUGAUUCUGUCAGUUUACUUGCUGGUAUCGUCGACACUAGCAAAGAUGGGCUCAUAUCGUUUGCCGAAUUUCAAGCCUUCGAAGGUCUCCUCUGUGUACCAGACGCUCUAUACAAAACGGCUUUUCAGCUCUUUGAUACUAAUGGAAAUGGAAUGGUUGCAUUUGAUGAAUUCGUUGAGGUGAUGCGGAAAACUGUGCUGCAUCAGAAGAUGCCCUUUAAUAUGGAUAGUAGCUUUAUCAAACUUUACUUUGGAAAGGAUAAGAAGAGGCUGAUCAGCUAUGCCGAGUUCAGUCAGUUUUUGCACGACUUUCACGAAGAAUAUGCGACGGAAGCCUUCAAGAAAUUCGAUAAGGAUGGCGCAGGUUUCAUUUCCGCAUUGGAUUUUCAAGACAUCAUGCUCAGUAUUAAGAGUCAUCUUCUGACAAAAGACGUGAGAGAUAAUCUAAUCGCUGCAGUUGGUGCCGGCCAAAGCGGGCGAAAGGUCAGCUUUCCAUAUUUUAUGGCGUUCAACUCUCUUUUGAAUAACAUGGAACUUAUUAAGCGUAUCUACUUGAAUGCAACCAACGGCCAUAGAUAUCAAGAAGUUACUAAAGAGGAAUUUCUAUAUUCUGCACAAAUGAUGUCCCAAAUAACCCCGUUGGAAGUAGACAUCCUGUUUCAUCUCUGUGACCUGCUUCACCAGACUGGGAAAAUUGUAUACAAUGAUCUCGUGGCUAUUACACCUGAGCAGUAUUUCAAGCAAAUAACAAAACGCGUUGCCGAGAUUAAGGCGGUGUCGAGCCCGGACGAGCGCGGUGUUAUUGUGCAAAUGCUCGAAAGUGGGUACCGGUUCGUCCUUGGAUCCAUUGGAGGAGCCGUUGGUGCCACGGCGGUAUAUCCGAUCGACUUGGUGAAGACCAGGAUGCAGAAUCAGAGGACUGGAUCCUUCAUAGGCGAGCUGAUGUACAGGAACAGCUUUGAUUGUUGUAAAAAGGUGAUACGGCACGAAGGCUUUUUUGGUCUCUACCGAGGUCUGAUGCCACAGUUAAUGGGGGUAGCCCCUGAAAAGGCUAUCAAAUUAACAGUCAACGAUUUCGUCAGAGACAAGUUCAUGGAUAAGAACGGAAACCUACCGGUGUACGGAGAAAUCCUGUCUGGUGCCUGUGCCGGUGCGUCCCAAGUGAUAUUUACUAAUCCGCUGGAGAUAGUAAAGAUUCGCCUGCAGGUGGCCGGGGAGAUCGCGGGUGGAUCAAAAGUGAGAGCGUGGACCGUCGUCAAGGAGUUGGGUCUUUUUGGAUUGUACAAAGGCGCCAGGGCAUGCUUCUUACGAGACGUGCCGUUUAGCGCAAUAUACUUUCCCAUGUACGCUCACACGAAAGCGCGGAUGGCCGACGAAGGAGGUUACAACACGCCGUUGUCGCUUCUCGCUUCCGGUGCGUUCGCCGGCGUACCCGCGGCAGCGCUGGUCACUCCCGCGGACGUAAUUAAGACGAGACUGCAGGUCGUAGCCAGGGAAGGCCAAACCACGUACAACGGUCUGUUGGAUUGCGCGAGGAAAAUCUACAGGGAAGAAGGUGCCAGGGCGUUCUGGAAGGGCGCAACAGUUUUCAGAUCGUCGCCUCAGUUCGGAGUCACUCUUUUCACGUAUGAGCUGCUGCAAAGGUUGUUCGUCGUCGACUUUGGAGGAUCUCGACCUACCGGAUCGGAGCAAAAGGUGCCUACUAUGGGAGUCGCGGACGAGAUUCGAUCAACGAACCCAGAUCAUAUAGGUGGCUACCAAGUAGCUCUGCCCAUCUUCACGGGUAUAGAAUCCAAGUUUGGUCUUUGCCUACCCAGGUUCCAGGCUGUUAGCGGGAAGUAACGGUGCCAUUAGCGGCUGCUAGAAACAAAACGAGGAAGAAAAGAAGAAAAAAGAAAAAACAAGCUUGUAGCAACCCCUGCCAUAAAGAAAGAAACGUGCGAGUCGCGAAUCACCGGCUCGCUCUCCGCCGAGGCGCGCGUGUGAAGCGACUUUCACCGAAUUGCAAAUCGUGAAAAGUUCGUCGAAGAGUUCACGUCGUACUUUCUCGACGAUCGGCUCGGCCAUUUCGCGUUGGAUACCAAUUGUUCAGACCGGCAAUAAGAAGGAACGGCCGUGCGUCGGCUUGUUGAACACAAUGACGCGCGAUGACGAUCGUACGCACGCAUGUGCCAUGUAGAUUUACAUACAGAUCGCUCGAGGAGAGAAGUACAAAAUCCGUAUCGUUGCGGAAUGCCCGGGAGGAGAGAGAACUAUCGUAAUAACGCUGAGUCGUCGAUGCAGUCAAUUGAUAAAACACAAAUAAAGAGAGAAAUAUGGAAGAAAGAAAGAGAAAGAAGAAACCGAUGGCAUUGAAAACUAUUUAUUUUGAUACUAUAUAGAUACGUUAUAUCAAAUUUAAUGCCAUCUGUUCGCGUAAUUAUUUUACAAUGUGAGAGAGCGAGUGAGAGAGAGAGAGAAAAAGACACACUUAUUGACGGUCCCGUGUGAAAUGUUACUGGUUUGAAACGCGUCCGCCGUUACUGACACGCGUGUAAGCGUGUCUCAACUGAGUGCACGCUCGUUAAAUCACAAACGAUUAAACGCCAAUGGAUACGAGUGUGAUGUUCUAGCAGAGAUUAUUAAUUCGCCCCUGACGUAUGUACGUACUGGACACAUGUAUAUAUAUACAUGUAUAUAUAUAUAUAUAUAUAUAUGUAUGUAUGUAUGUAUGUAUGUAUGUAUGUUUAUGUAGGUUUUAACAUAGUAAUACGCGAAAUUAGGCCUUUAUAAUUGCGAUUUAUCUUUUAUCCGCCUACUUGGCUUCUACAGCUAGUGAGGGAAGGAGAGCGGCGAUAAAUUUAUUUGAUAUCGUCGCACGGCGCCUCGUCGAGCGCAAAUUUGAAGCAUUUGAGCGUCGACAAAUAAGAUACGCGUAAAAAUACACAUACAUGCGUUCACUGUUGAACGACGAGCGAGAGAGAGAAAUAUCGAGUGGAAUUAUGUCGGUACCAUCAGCAACAUCAUCCAUCCGAAAUACGAUGGAUUCUUGUAUUUACAUCCUGCGGGGUGAACUGGAUACGCAGUUCGAAGUCUGCCACAGCGAUGUACAAAUUUACCGAGCGGUGUUCUGUAUUUUUAAGCGUAAACGAAAGUCGCAACGGGUGUGUCUUCUCUCCGUUUGUGUUUCUUUAGGGCGACUGAGCGAUCAAGAGGAAACAAGAGAAGUGAGCUUUUCGUCCGAUACGGCGCGACAAUCGUGAUUGUUACUGCGAGUUAGAAUGCGGAUUUAUUGACAUUCGGCGAGCGACACCAGUUCUACAAUUAUGCGCGAGAUGAGAGUUUAACGUACAGAACCGAGAAAAUUCGUUGGCGAAUGACACUUGAUUGAGAAAAUGUACACGUUAAAAUGAAUUUCUCUGUAAUCAUCUUCUCUUUUUCUUUUUCCUUUUUAUUGUGGAGAAAUACAGGUAUUAUUUCUCAUGA